UGUUGGUGUGAAAGCGAAUCGUCACAAUUGCUCGCAUCCAAGCGCCACAAAAACUGACGAGCAAGCAAGUGGAGACAGCUUGCCUUGCACUCGCUCUGCUGGGACUGGUCUGCGCUUGAUUGAUUGGCAGCUGAGGGCACCACCGCAGUCAUGGAUGGGAUGAACUCAAGCGCGGACAACGCAGACAACGUGUCUAUCCGCAGUGACCGCAGCACCCGAGGCGGCAUCAAGUCAACGUUCAGCAAGUUGUUUCGUCGCCGCAGACCUCCACAAGCGUACCAGCAGCAGCAAGCACAGCAGGCACGCACAGAUGAACGCAUGCUUCCCAAUGACACGGACGUGGCAGCCAUCUACGCCAUCCGGCAUGCGCAGCGGGACGAUGACGACGAGACCAGCAUGCAUUCCUUUGGACCGGAGGAGAGCAUGAUGGCGUCCUCUCCAACACCGGGUCGUAACCCAUCAACAUCAACGCGCCGCUCAUCCCGCGGGAACGCCCACUUGUCUGCAUCUGUGCCGGCUGCCAUGCCACGCACAUCCCCAGGUGGUGCACGUGCGGAGGAGGAGGACGAGUUGUGCAGACACAACUACCAGCACGAGCAGCCAUAUGGAACCUCAACCCGGCGCAAGCUGCCAACGCCUGCAGCGAAAUUCCGCUCCAAAUCGGACUCCGCCACCACGUCUGCCUCCACGGAAGGUCUGCACGUGCUGCUGCAGAGCGCAUCCGGCAUCAUGGCCGCAGACAGAGGAGGCACGAGCGAUCCAUUUGUGACGCUGCGGCUUGGCAAGCAGAAACACACCUCACGCACCAUCAGCAAGACGCUCGAGCCCAAAUGGGACGAUGAAUUCUUCUUCAAGUGCGAACGAGGCAACGGGCAGGACGUGCUGCGGGUGGACCUGUAUGACCGUGACCGGUUUGGCACCGACUAUCUUGGCAGCGUCACCAUUCCGCUCACAGAUGUCCCGCUUGAAACCCCAACACCGCUCUCGGUGCGGCUGCAGGACGACGGGCGGCGCCUCUCGCGUCGGCUGCCAAGUGAUCUCGGUGUCCUCAACGUCACUCUCACGCGCACAUUCGACCAGUCGGCCAAGCAGAAAGUGCGCGAUGCUGCCAACGUCAAAGAAGGCGUGAACGUGCUGCUGCGCGGCGGCCGGGACCUUAUGGUUGCUGAUCGCGGAGGCACGAGUGAUCCCUUUGCGAUUGUUCGACUGGGGCGACACAAGCACACGUCCAGGACGCAGCAGAAAACGAUCAACCCCGACUGGAACGAAGAAUUCUUCCUUCAAUUCGACAACGGCCCGCAGCACGACUCGCUGGUGGUUGACGUGUUUGACCGAGACCGGUUUGGGACGGACUACAUGGGCACGGCCACGCUCGACCUCAAGGACUUUGAUCUCGACAAACCGCGCGACGUGGAGGUUGAGCUGGCUGAUGACGGGCGCAAGACGAGCAAGCCGCUGCCAUCAGCACUUGGACGCCUCCUCCUCACCGUAACCCGCGUACAGACGCGCGCACAGGGCAAGAAGCUUCGUCGCACAAAGACCACGGACAUGGGACUCAGCGACACGCGUGUUGUCGAUGUGAAGCUCUUGCAGGGCAAGAACCUCCUGCAAAUGGACGCAAACGGCGAGGCUGAUCCAUACGUAAAGGUCACGAUUGGGCAGCAAACGAAAAAGUCAAAGGUUGUGUACAAGAACCGCAUCAGCCCCACGUGGAACCAGGCGUUUCGCUUUGAGGUGCACGACAAAGCAACCAUUGUCAAGUUUGAGGUCUACGAUAAGGAUCUGCGCAAGGACGAAUUCAUGGGAGUCGCCACGCUGUCGCUGGCUGAUCUCCCGCGCGACGAGGCGCACCGCCGCUGGCUCGAACUCAAGCAAAGCGACGGGUUUGCCGGCGAAAUCCAAGUCGUGAUUUCUGUUUCGAAUCCGUUUGCACAGGCGGACGACGACGACGACGACGUGGUGGACCUGUCCAAGCAGUCCUUGUACUGCGGACACCUUCGCGUUCACGUCCGCUCUGCUCGCGGUCUCGCUGCAAAGGACGCCGGACGCAGCAGUGAUCCGUUUGUCGUCUGUGAACUCGGGAACAAGCGCAAGCGAACGUCAACAAAGCCAAAGACCUGCAACCCAACGUGGAACGAAACCCUCAACUUCAACGUGCUUGAUGUGUUUGAUGUGGUGCGUAUCACCGUCUACGAUGAAGACAGGGGCGGCAAGACAGAUUUCCUCGGCGCUCUCAUCAUUCCACUGCUUGAGAUCAAGUCUGGGCGACAGGAGCUGUACACGCUCAAGGCCAAGACGCUUGACAAGGCGUACAAGGGGCAGCUGGUGCUCACACUCGACCUCAACUACAAGCCGAUACCCUCGUAUCUGCGGCUGAUCAAGAAACGCGAAGUACGAUUCUUCGAGGACGAUGCAAAGCUCAGAAUCGGGGUCCUGCGCCAGAAUGUGCAGCGCGUGCGUGCACUCAUUGAAGCCGUUCUCGCCAUCUUCCGCAACUUCGACCGGCUCUUCAACUGGGACUUUGGCGUUCCCCGCACCAUCGUCGCCAUGGUGUUUUGGGUGUGGGCGACGCUGUACAUGUACUUCUACCACGUGCCGUUCUUCUUUGCGCUGUAUCUCCUCUACCGUCGCUACUUCUCCCGCUCAAAGGAUCUCAUGUGGCUGUCGUCGGCGUCUGAUGAAGAGGAGGAGGAGGAGGAGGCGGAGGAAGGUGAAGAGAAGAAAAAGGAGCGACGUCGUGCUCCGGCCAAGACCGCCUGGUACACCGCCCUCAAGAACAUUGCACUGGAGGUGCAAAAUCGUCUUGGCGACGCAGCGUCCAUGGGGGAGAAGGUCAAGAACUUCUUCAACUGGUCUGUGCCGACGAUCACGGGCAUCAUCACCGUCGUUGCUCUCGUCGCAGCCUUCAUCCUCUUCCUCAUCCCGCUCAGAUACAUUCUCCUCGUCUGGGGCAUCCGUCGCUUUGUCAAGAAGGGACGGAUGAAGUACUUCCCACCAAAGAACAUCGACCGCCACCGCGAACCUGUCAGCGAAAUCAAGGAGCUUCUUGGGCGCAUCCCCGACGACCUCGAGAAGGUGCAACGGCAGCGGCUGUUUCCCGGCCGCGGCGGCGCAAUGAGCGAACGACAGACGUCCAAGUCAUCGCUCAAGUCGAGUGCUGGUGGCGAUGACGAUGACGACGACGAUGACGGCGAUGGUGAUGAGAGUGCCAUGAUGACGUAGCAUGCGUACUGCGACGCUGCCGCUCGCAUUCUCGAACGUUGUCGGUGUUGAUGAUGAAUGAUGAAUGAUGAAUG